CGCUCGUCUGGGCCGCCUCCUAAGCAGCGUCCGUAAUAAUAGCACCAACAGGUCCUUCCUACCACUUCCGAGCUGCGUGUGCUUUCCGCGCAUGCUCCUUACUAGACAUCCCCGCGACCCUCCCAGGUGACAUUGGACCUUCAGGGACUUCAGUCUCAAGCAGCAAAGUAGCUGGCACCACAGCAUGGGCUCCCUGCAAGGUCGUCUUCCCUCCACUCAGGACUGGCAGUGUUACGGAAAGUGGGUCAGAGUGACACAUGCAAGUGUGGUGACCACCAUGAUCCCCUGGAUGCUCUUGGCCUGUGCGCUCCCUUGUGCGGCCGACCCUCUGCUUGGUGCCUUCGCUCGCAAGGAUUUCCAGAAGGGCUCCCCUCAACUUGUCUGCAGCCUACCUGGCCCCCAGGGUCCCCCCGGCCCCCCAGGAGCCCCAGGGCCCUCAGGAAUGGUGGGAAGGAUGGGCUUUCCCGGCAAAGACGGCCAGGAUGGCCAGGACGGGGACCGGGGGGACAGUGGAGAGGAAGGUCCACCUGGCCGGACAGGCAACCGGGGCAAGCCAGGACCAAAGGGCAAAGCCGGGGCCAUUGGGAAGGCUGGCCCUCGCGGCCCCAAAGGGGUGAGUGGUGCCCCAGGGAAGCACGGCACACCGGGCAAGAAGGGGCCCAAGGGCAAGAAGGGGGAGCCGGGCCUCCCGGGCCCCUGCAGCUGCGGCAGCGGCCAGGCCAGGUCAGCCUUCUCGGUGGCGGUGACCAAGAGCUACCCACGGGAGCGGCUGCCCAUCAAGUUCGACAAGAUCCUGAUGAACGAGGGCGGCCACUACAACGCAUCCAGCGGCAAGUUCAUCUGCAGUGUGCCGGGGAUCUACUACUUCACCUACGACAUCACGCUGGCCAACAAGCACCUGGCCAUCGGCCUGGUGCACAACGGCCAGUACCGCAUCCGGACCUUCGACGCCAACACGGGCAACCACGACGUGGCCUCGGGCUCCACCAUCCUGGCUCUCAAGCAGGGGGACGAGGUCUGGCUGCAGAUCUUCUACUCAGAGCAGAAUGGGCUCUUCUACGACCCUUACUGGACCGACAGCCUCUUCACAGGCUUUCUCAUCUACGCCGACCAGGACGACCCCAAUGAGGUGUAGACGGACCGGCGCUCCGUCUCCAGGGAGGGCACACACUCCUGGUCUGGCGCUUACAGAGCGAGACCCCUAAACUGUCUGCUGGGGCCGGGAGUCGGGAGCUUCUGGACUCAGGCCGACCUCCUCUGCCCCCUUUUUCUCCAUCAUUAAACCCAAGCUUUUUUAUUCAUCCUCCCAUUUCUCCAUUCACUGAUUUUUUUUUUCUUUAAAUACCUACUGUGUGACAGGCACCAUGCUAUACUCUGGAAGGUACCACAGUGAACAAGACAGACAGAGGCUCUGGCCUCGUGGGGCUUACAUUCUAGUGGGAGGUACAAUUUACACAUAAAUAAGCAAGUAAUGUCAUUAUUGUGCCAGGAUGGAAAUGCACACGCCAUGGCCAAGAGUAAUCGGAAUAACAGGAGACAGGGAAGAGGUGGAAGUUUGUUUUGGAUUCUAUCUUGUUAGGUUUACUUACAUGCAAUAAAGUCUACACAUCUUAAA